AUGUCUGAGCCGGCCCACAUGUACUGGCUGGAGAUGAAGAUGACCGCCAAGAGUGAGGAGAAGUGCAGCCGCUUCCUGUCGAAGUUCACCUCUGUGCUGGAGCUCUUCCACCUUGGCGCGAUGGCAACUGCUUCCUGCCAGGGGGCCGAGAUGACGAUCCAGUCGUCUCCCCGCCCUUUCCCAGAAGGAGCUGAGCCAGUCAUGCAGAUGUUCCUCGCGCAGGUGGAGCACAUCAACUACACCGAGUCGACACUUGCAGACAUCAGCGAGGUACUGGCAGACAAGGACUCACCUAUACUGGCAGAGGUGGCCAAGGGCUUCCGGGCCGAGUUCGAUGUCCGUGUCACCAAGGCCCUGCAGCACGCGAUCAUCCAGAAAAUGGAAUCACUGAUCCCCGCUCGCCCGGAGUCGGAUUGCGGUCAGCACGAGCAGCCGUGCGUGUUCCAAGACGGAUGUUGCUCCACCUUGUCUUGCGUGGUGCCCACGUUGGAAGGAUAUGACGUGGAGGCUUGGAAGGAUGAGCAGUGCCGCUACAACUCCUCGUCGUGCCGCGAGUACUGCCUUGGCCCCGCAGGGCCUGAAAUCGUGGGGCUCCAGAACGUCCAGAAGCUGGUGAAGAUUCUCGUCAGCUUGUUCAAAGGCGCCUCAUCGGACACGCGUUUUGCAUACGAUGACGCCAAGCGGGUGGAGCUCCUCCGUAUGGUGCCGGUGCUCAAUGCAUCCUACAACGACGUCGUCAGAAUGGCGAAACAGCAUCUCUUCCUUGUCAACGCCUCUCUUACCAAUGCAGCGAUGGCCACGCAAAUCACCCCCGUUGCCGAGGCAGUACAAGAGGCAGCAGAGUGCCUUGACACAAUCGACUCCGUCACCGUCAAGAACCUACCCGGCCUGAAAGCUGCCCUGACCUUCACGGGCACGCACCAUUUCAUGCUGCUGGACAGCUUGAUCAAGGACACUGGCGUCAUGGGCCUCUUCCGCACGGACGCCCCAGCAGGUGAGUCGUUGGCUCAGACGGGGUCCGUCGACCCCAUGGAAACUCUUCAGGAUGCCGUUCUCAAGGCGGAUGAGAAAGUGGAGGAAGCCGUUGAGUCGAUCGACAGCGAGCUCCCGGCACCCUCGAAGUUGGCGCCGGUGAAGGCCAGCUUCUCCUUUGGCCCUUCCCUUGAUGACUUCCCGACGCCCAACAGCGUCACCUACGCGAUCUACCACGGUGACACGGCCGCCACCGGCGACGGCACGGGCGAUUGGACCGUGGAGGUGAAGCUUACCGCCAAGGACGCCGAGCUCGCCAACAGCUUUGUGAAGCGGGUGACCUCCACGCUCGGCAAAGUGUCCAUGGGGCACCUCGUGUCAGCUACCGCUGCGGGGAAAACCGUCAUCCUGGAGAGCAUGCCUCUCCCAUUUCCGAACAAGGCCAUGGCCGCCGAGUCGAUCAAGAUGCUCAUGAAGCACGUGGGCCACAUCAACGCUACCGCGCUGAUGAACCAGGACGUGCACUACCUGGUGGAGCAUCCGGACGAGCCGCUGUGGAAUCAGAUCGGGCAUGGCUUCAAGUUCCUUCUGGAUGCCAGUCUGACCGAAGCUGUGGAGAAGAUCUUGGUUGACAAGGCCAAGCAGGCUGCAACGAAGAGCUCCGAAUGUGGCGCUCUCGAGGCCUCUUGCGAUUUUGAACCCGGCCAGUGCUGCUCCCUGGAGAAAUGCACCAGUGACCCUUCGCAAUGCUCUUUCAACUUCACGUGUGCCCCGGUUUGCGCAAGUUCCAAACCAGACCCUCGUCAGUUUGCCAAAGCAUUGGCAGAGAAGAUGGUCCAGAUGUUUGCCGGAGCCUCCACAGAUGUCCGGGUGGCCUACGAUGAGGACGCUCUGCAGGAGCUCGACGGCGUGCUGGGCGGUAGUCUGCCCAUAUUCAACAUGACAUUCCGAAGUCUGCAGCAGAUGUACGCAGGAAUGGCAUACGCGAUCCCUCCGGAUGUGCGGGGAAGCCCCAUGGCUUUGGCAG